AUGGCGCUCCGACGACCACAUCGGAAAUCUCGCCACGGCUGCGUGGAAUGCAAGAGGCGACGAGUCAAGUGCGACGAAACCCGGCCGUCCUGCACCAACUGCGCCAAGCGCCAUUCCGAGUGUGAGUACGGGUCGUCAACAUCCCUACUGUGGGCAAAUGAAGACCCCGCGAUACCCGGGUCCGACGGCGGACAGGCUAGCGACCCAGUACGGGGACUUAGUUCAUCCUUGAGUCCAACCGCAGGAACGGGGGCAGCAGAUUCUCUCGGAAUUCUGAGCCAACUCGGCAGCGAAAAUGCCGCGGGCUCCGCGGGGCCCGCACUGAACCUCCUCGACCUGGAGCUGAUGAUACAGUGGUGCAACUCGACAUUCCGGACAUUGUCACGCAACGAGCGCACCGAUCCAAUCUGGCGUACCAUCGUGCCCGAAGAGGCGCUCUCACACCCAUUUCUGAUGCACGGCAUCCUGGCCCUGUCAUCGCUGCAUCUUGCUCGAACAGGGCCGGAGCCGUCCCGUCGCGCGUCGUAUCUCAAUCGCGCCGUCGCGCACCAGAAUCAAGCGCUGGCGCUGUUCCGGGAGCUGCUGGGUGACGUGAAGGAGAGUAAUGCCAAAGCGAUGUUUGCCUUUGCGGGCAUUGUGGUUAUCUACACGUUUGCAUUCCCACAUACGCCGGACGUGCAGGAUCCGUGGUCCUGCAUCGAUGAUUUGUACCAGGUUCUUGUUUUGACGCGCGGCGUGCAGCAGGUUAUUCAUGCGCCGCGGGAUUUUACGAGUUUUCUAGUGGACAGUUCUUUCGGACCGAUUUUGCAGGUUGAAGAGAUUGAGGUUCCACUUCCUGAAGACACGAGUGCUAUGCUCAAACAAUUGCGCAGGGCCAACGAAGUCUGCGGGGCGCGGGAUCCAAAUCAUGAACUGCAGGUGUACGAAAGGUCCAUUGCGAAUCUGGAGGAAAUGCUCAAUUGGUGCCACAGCGGGAUAAGGGCAAAUACGAUUGCCGGGAGAUGGGCAAUCCGCUUGCACCCUCGGUUUAUGGAGUUGCUGCGCGAACGAGACCCAUUGGCGCUAGUUAUGCUAGCGCACUAUGGCGUGCUCUUGCAUUAUCUGAAGCAUCGCUGGUGCUUUGACGAGUGGUGUGUGAGGGUUUCCAAGGCCGUGUGGGCAAUAUUGGACGAUCAGUGGAGGCCACUGAUCGAGUGGGCAAUGAAAGAGAUUCUCGGUGUUAACUUCCUGGAACAGGUUGACACUUGA